AUGGAAAGUGCAUCGUAUACUCCACUCUUUGCACGCGAACACAAAGCUUCGGUGGAAGGCGAGAGACGAGAGUUUGUUAAGGAGACCGACAGCAGCGGCCAAGUCAAGGAGACUACACGAGACGAGGAAUCGCAGAUCCAGAUCAUGGAGGCCAACUGCCGGCCCGACCUUGCCGCCGGCGUUGACCCGCUCCCCAGAGCUACCGGAUGUGAUUGGCGAGCCGAGCUCCAGCCCAGAGGGCGCAGCAGGAUCGUCCAUAUGAUAAUGGAAGCUACGAAGAAUUUUCUGCGAGUAUCUAAGCCAGAGGAACUGAACCAACUUCGAGAAAUCGUUGCGGGAUUUGAAAACUGGGCCUAUACUGCCGCAACCAAUCAGUCUAAUUAUUUGCGGAAGAUUUCUCUGAGAAUGCUCUCUAUGGAGAUGAAGACACAACAGGCCCCUAGAAAUUCUCGAGUGAUUCCAGAUCAAACCAACUCCGGGAAGGAAUCGCCGAUCUGGACCAUGGACGGGCCCAUCGGGUGGGACCCCACCAUCGGCACGCCCCCAGCCAGAGGUGAUUGGCGCGCGAUGCUUCAACAAGAGGAUCGCAUCAGGAUCGUCGAUAUGAU